CAAGAAAAUGAGUAUUCACUUUCAACUAACGAGUACAUACAUAUGUGUAAAUAAAUAUAUGUAAUAUCACGAAUAAAAAGAGUUCAUGGACCCGAAGCCGUCAAUGUUUGUGUUGAUAGCAAAGCGAAAUUAAGAAAGCGAUCUUCCCCGCCCAUUGUCCGUGAAAAGCAUCGUUCAAUUAACAAUAUUAUAUAGAAAAAGAAAAACUGAGCAUAAGUACAAUGCAUGCACAUGCACAAAUAUAUAUGUAUAUAUUUAACCUGUGGGAGAUGACACACUUGUACAAGCGAGCGUAUUAAAUAGAGGAAAAAUAUGAGGAUCGGUUCCAGUUGUUCUUUACAAUCCGACAAGUUAAACCCGUCCGUCAUUAACUCAUUUAUUUUUUAUUUAUUACUUUUGUUGCAAUAAAUCUGCGGGGCAUCGAGCUCUUUUUUCGACGUCAUGGGACACGUGAUACACGUGACCUUGACACUGAUUAUUUAUUGUGUCGCUGUUGUCGUGUCAGCGACGAUACGAUACAACUACAAGAAACCGAUCCUCGAUUGUGGAUAUCUACGAAUUACCCCAGAGGAAAAAUAUUCAUGGGAGAGACCAAAUUUUUACGUUAGCUAUCGCACUAUUGAUCCUGAUGAUAUUAGAGAUCCUUCUAUUGGAGUAUUAAAAAAAGAGGACUCAAAAAAUUACAUUUCAAAAAAACAGUCAAUGGACUUGAGCGUUUUGACCGACCGGAUGUCCGAGGAUACCGGUUCCACAGGAACAUUAUCAGAUGAACCAUUAAUCCGGCCUACAGACAAUAUUGCCCAGUCAUCUGACUCUGAGCCCCGUUUCUACGACGAGGAUCAAAAAUAUACUGAAGAAUAUACCGAACACGAAAAAGUCAUAACUGUCAUCAAGAAUGUCGCCGUUCCUUAUCCAGUAGAAAAACAAAUUCCGUAUCCUGUGAUCAAAAAAGUUCCGUACCCCAUUCAUACCCCAGUGGCGCAGCCUUAUCCCGUAGAAAAAGAAGUUCCAUACCCUGUUAAGGUCGUCAUAAAAGUUCCAACAAAAGUUCCUUACCCGGUUCCUGUUUACAAAGAAGUACCUUAUGCUGUCCAUGUUCCCGUGGAACGACCUGUUCCAUACCGAACAUACAUCCCAGACCCUUAUCCCGUUGAAAAGAAAGUAUACUACGAAUCUAAAAUACCCGUUCCGGAACCUUAUCCUAUUGAAAAAACUGUUGCCGUUCCUGUUAAGAUUCCUGUUCCAGUUCCGCAACCUUAUCCGGUUGAAAAGCCGAUUCAUUAUCCCGUGGAGGUCAAAGUUGACCGACCCGUCGCUGUUCCUGUCGAGAAACCUUAUCCAGUAACCGUCUUCAAACAUGUUCCUUACCCAGUGUUCAAACCCAAGCCGGUUCCAGUUGAAGUAAAAGUCGAACGACCUGUUCCUUACCCCGUCGUCAAACAUGUUCCCUACCCAGUAAAAGUUGAAGUCCCUCAAUAUUACCCAGUCGAAAAAGAAGUUCCCUACCCUGUGGUCAACCAUCGGCCGUAUCCGGUUCCUGUUUCUGUUGACCGUCCAGUUCCAGUGCCGAUUGAAAACCCCGUUCCUGUACCAGUGGAACACGAACAGGUGGAACAUGAACCAGAACAUGGCUAUGAUGAUGCCAAAGAUGAAAUUCAUAGUGGGUAUAAACAAGAAAGCUGCUGUGGUGAUGAGUUUAGACCCAGUGCUAUUGAUACUCACGAAACAGAGUACAAAUAUGGCGACAGAAAUGAUUGGGAUCAUGAGCAAUUGAUUCGUUCCGACGAAGUUGUGGCCAAUGUUGGCCAUGUUAAGGCGGAUACUCAAGGUUCUGAUGUUAAACCUGUGGUCGAAGACAGCAAAGAAGAUGACACUAAUUCCGAAGAGGUUAGGAACCAUGUGGCGGCCAACGCUAGUGCAGAUGGCGCCAAAGAAGCCACGGAUUUGAAAGAAGUUAAUUCUGAGGGAGUUGUUGUUAAAAAUGAUAACCAAAACAUCAAUGAGAUUAAUAAUAAUAAUAAUAAUAAUGAUAAUAAUAAUAAUAAUAAUAAUAAUGAUAAGAGGAAUGGUAAAAAAGUGAAACGACUUAGAAAAAUAAUUAAGAGAAUUAAAACGUAUGAUGGUACGAGUAAAAAUAUUAAAGAGAAAGGAAAUUAGUCGUUGUUGGAAAUAGAGCAUAAAUAUGUCGAUUACUGGAGCAAUAAAAAUUAUUAAUAUCUUUUUUUCUAUUAUUACUAUUGUUCACAAUCGUGGAACUGUAAAUUUAUACUGCAAUCGAAUAUGUUAUUUUUUUUUAGAAUCUAGUCAGGUUAAAAUUUUGUUGAAUUUUUUUUUUGUUGUUAAAUCAUUAUUGUUAAUUUUAGGAUAGUGAUUAAGAUUUUUAUUGAUGAGAAAGUUUGACUACUGAGAAAGUCAAUUGUUAAUGAUAAUUUUAUUGUUUUUAUAUUUUUAUAUCAAUCAAUACU